UAGUGGGUUUCUCUAACUAUAAAAACCACCAACCAUUACUGAAAACUUCAAAGAAACAACCCUUCUUUAAUUUCAACAAUGGCACUCACAAUCACAAGAGUUCUUCCUCUCAUCUCUAGAAUUUCACCACUCUACUCUUCUGCUCUCUUUCACUUGCUUCCCAUUCCCAUACCCAUGUCUUCUUCUUCUUCCAUUGCUUCACCUUCUCUUCCACUCCGACUAGCCACCAUUUCCACCGCCGUCUCAGCUUCCCAACCCCAACAUUCAACACCAACAACAGCACCUUCUUACUCAAAGAUGACGAGUCAGACUCGGUGGAAACCCAUGUGUUUGUACUUCACACAAGGGAAAUGUACCAUGUUGGAUGAUCCUAUGCAUAUGGAGAAGUUCAACCAUGAUUGCUCAUGGGAUCUUCAAGUUGAUGAUUCCAACUUAAACAAAAUGCGUCCACAGAAUUUAGAUUUCUUCCUUGUGCUGGAUUUGGAGGGUAAGGUUGAAAUUCUCGAGUUCCCGGUUGUGAUGAUUGAUGCCAAAACCAUGGAAGUUGUUGACUUUUUUCACAGAUUUGUGAGGCCCUCAUUAAUGAGUGAACAAAGGAUAAAUGAGUACAUUGAAGGCAAAUAUGGAAAAUUUGGAGUAGAUGGCGUCUGGCACGAUACAGCUAUACCGUUUACAGACGUUCUUGAACAAUUUGAAGAUUGGUUGACUCAACAUCAGUUGUGGGGAAAACAUUCAGGUGGUUUUCUUAACAAAGCUGCAUUUGUAACAUGUGGAAAUUGGGAUCUCAAGACAAAGGUCCCUCAGCAAUGCAAAGCAUCAAAGUUGAAGCUUCCCUCAUAUUUCAUGGAAUGGAUCAAUCUCAAAGAUGUGUAUCUUAAUUUCUACAAUAGAAGGGCAACAGGAAUGAUGACAAUGAUGAAAGAACUUUGUAUACCUUCAUUAGGAAGUCACCAUCUUGGUUUUGAUGACACGAAGAACAUUUCGAGAGUAUUGCAACGCAUGCUCACCGAUGGUGCAGUGAUAUCGAUUACUGCUAGGAGGAAGCUUGAUCGCCUUGACGAAGUUGAUUUUCUUUUCAAAAAUAGAAUAAGGUAGUUAUUUCCUUCUAGAUUUGUACACCUUUCUUGUAAUAUGAACUAGAAGAAAGAUAAGAGAAAUGAAAAUUGAUUCAAUCUUUCUCAACCCAUGAAUGAAGGUCUGCAAAUUCGAUUCA